UUUCGUACGCUGCUUUCGUUCUCAACACCGCGCCACACACGCGAUCACUUCCGACGACCGCUCUCACUUUCCUCGUGCUCUCACCUUCCACGCCUUGCUCUCUCGUGGCCUUGCUUCUUGUUUGGUUGUUUGGCUGGCGUGUGUUCUUGCUCUGCCGCAUUUUUCCAGUUCCUUCCCCCGACUCCCCUGCCUGCCACGGCCCAUUGUCCUAGCCACACCAAACCGCAGUCCGACCGCCAUGUCUGCGCCCCGCUCAAGAAGUGACUCGCGGAGCAAGACGCCGCCGCCCAUCGACCUCAUCCAGCCGCGCCGCCGCUCCCUCAGCGUCAGCAGCACAGAUGAAGAAACAAUUGCCCGCCGCAAGCGUGAGCAGUCCAUCAAGUUUGACUUCCUCGACGCCCUCGAGGAUGUCACGGAGGAGAACAUGAAGGCCAUUCGUGACCUCUUCAACCGCCACCUCCACUGCACCCUGGCCAAGGAUGUCACCGUGGCCACAGACCGCGACUACUACGUCGCGCUCUCCUACACCGUCCGUGACCACGUCAUGGCUGGGUGGUACAAGACGCAGAAGGAGUAUUACCGCAAGGACCCGAAGCGCGUGUACUAUCUGUCGAUGGAGUUCUACAUGGGCCGCUCGCUGACCAACACCAUGAUCAACCUCGGCCUGCGCUCCCUCUGCAAGAAGAGCCUGUACGAGAUGGGCCUCAACAUGGAGGAUCUCGAGGAAAUCGAGAUGGAUGCUGGUCUCGGCAACGGUGGACUUGGCCGCCUUGCUGCGUGCUUCCUGGACUCGAUGGCCACCCUCUCGCUGCCGGCGUACGGAUACGGCCUGCGCUACGAGUACGGCAUCUUUGAGCAGAAGAUCAAGGACGGGUUCCAGCAGGAGGUGCCGGACGACUGGCUCAAGUUUGGCAACCCCUGGGAGGUGCCGCGCCCCGAGUACAUCAUCAAGAUCAAGUUUGGCGGCGACGUCAAGUGGCUUGACGACGGGAAGUUCAGCUGGGAGGACGCAAACGUUGUGCUCGCUGUGCCAUACGACACGCCCAUCCCAGGCUACCGCAACAACACCGUCAACACCCUUCGCCUCUGGUGUGCUCGCUCUCCAAACAGCUUUGACCUGUCGUACUUCAACCACGGCAACUACAUCAAGGCCGUCCUGGACCGCAACGCCGCAGAGAACAUCACCCGCGUCCUCUACCCGAACGACAACUUCUUUGAGGGCAAGGAGCUCAGGCUCAAGCAGGAGUACUUCCUCGUCUCUGCGACGCUGCAGGACAUUAUCCGCCGCUACAAGCACGUGCGCACGAGCGUGCGGACAAAAGGGCCGCUUGAGCGCACAAGCUUCGAGGACUUCCCACGCAAGGCGGCGAUCCAGCUGAACGACACGCACCCUGCGCUGGCCAUCCCCGAGUUGAUGCGGCUGCUCAUUGACCACGAGAAGCUUGGCUGGGACGAGGCCUGGGACAUCUGCACCCGCACCUUCUCCUACACCAACCACACCAUCCUGCCCGAGGCCCUCGAGCGCUGGAGCGUCGCCCUGCUCGAGCGCCUCCUGCCCCGCCACCUGAUGAUCAUCUACGAGAUUAACCGGCGGCACCUGGAUCACGUCAUCACGCUGUUCCCCGGCGACCUCGACCGCCGCACCCGCAUGUCGCUCAUCGAGCACGGCUCGGAGAAGGUCGUCAACAUGGCCCACCUCUGCCUCGUCGGCUCACACGCCAUCAACGGUGUCGCUGAGAUUCACUCGAACAUCCUGAAGCGGGAGACGUUCCGGGACUGGCACGAGCUGUGGCCGGAGAAGUUCCAGAACAAGACCAACGGCAUCACCCCGCGCCGCUGGCUGCUGCAGUGCAACCCGCCGCUCUCCAACCUCAUCAUCGAGCACAUUGGCGAGGAGUGGGUGACGGACCUGGACCAGCUCACACGACUCGAGCCCCUCACCGAGGACGAGACAUUCGUGCAGAACUUCAUUGCUGCGAAGAAGAAGAACAAGGUGCGGGUUGCAGCAAUGCUGCGUCGGGACUACGGUGUUGAGGUCAACCCAAGCUCAAUGUUUGACAUCCACGUCAAGCGCAUCCACGAGUACAAGCGCCAGCUCCUCAACGUCCUCCACAUCGUCACCCUCUACAACCGCAUCAAGGACAACCCGCGUGGGGACUUUACUGCGCGGACGGUGAUCAUUGGCGGAAAGGCGGCGCCCGGGUACUACAACGCCAAGAUGAUCAUCAAGCUCAUCACCUCCGUUGCAGAUGUCGUCAACACGGAUCCAGACGUGUGCGGGCGGCUCAAGGUCAUCUUCCUCGAGAACUACCGCGUGUCGCUCGCAGAGAAGAUCAUCCCGGCGUGCGACCUCUCCCAGCAGAUUUCGCUCGCGGGCACGGAGGCGUCGGGGACCGGCAACAUGAAGUUUAUGAUCAACGGAGCCCUGACGAUUGGCACGCUGGACGGCGCGAAUGUGGAGAUGCACGAGCGCGUUGGCGACGACAACAUCUACAUCUUCGGCAUGCGCGUCAACGAGGUCGAGGAGCUCAAGGCCGCAGGCACGUACAACCCGCUGGACUACUACAACGCCAAUCCCGAGCUGCGGCGGGCCAUUGACAUGAUCCACGGCGGAUACUUCUCCCCAGACUCAAAGGGCAGGUUCCACGACCUGCUGGACACGCUGAUGAAGCACGGCGACCGCUUCUGCCUCCUCAAGGACUACGAGGACUACAUGCGCGUGCAAGAUCAACUUGGGCGCGACUUCCAGGACUCUGUGUCGUGGGCGAAGAAGUGCAUCAUCAACGUGGCCAACGGCGGGUUUUUCUCGUCGGACCGCACCAUUGCGCAGUACACAAAGGACAUCUGGCGCGCGUUCCCCGUCCUCGUCGACCCGGUCGUCGGGGAGGCCAACGGUGCCGUCCCCACCACCGCCACCGCAGACGCUGAGAAGAAGUGAUGAUGCCCCUGUUGUUGGCGGUGUGGGCGUGGUUGCAGGGUUGAGUGUGCUGUUGGUGUCGUUGGUGUCGUUGGUGUGUGGACUGCCGUGCGUCUGUCAUCGCACACAUGAACGUUAUACCGUUUGCAACUCCCUCUUUUGUCUUUUUCCCACACCGUCUUGCGUAUCUGCUGUUGCGUUUACUCCUUGGUUCUCCCUCUCCAUACACACAUGUUGCUCGUUCUUUGCGUUUCUGGUGCUCAACGUGCGUCUUGGUGUUUUGGUUUUCGUUUACAACGGUUGGCCGUGCGUUGGGUUUGCGUGAUGGCUGGCGUCAAAUCACAACAUCCAUUGAAGAGAAUGAAGCACAACCACAAUGGAAGGG